AGACUCGCCCACCUAACAAGAGCCUUCACCACCUCCGUACGACAAAUGGCUCCCAUCAAGGCAGAAUACGACUACCUCGUCAUUGGCGGCGGAUCCGGCGGUUUGGCUUCUGCUCGACGUGCAGCCGGUUUGUAUGGCGCAAAAGUGGCCAUUGUCGAAGGAAGCGGCCGGCUCGGCGGUACGUGUGUCAACGUUGGUUGUGUCCCCAAGAAGGUCAUGUGGAAUACGGCAGACAUGUCGGAGAAGCUCAAGGAGGCACGCGAGUAUGGAUUUGAUAUUUCCCGCAAUGCCGACUUUGACUGGCCGUACUUGAAGCAGAAGAGGGAUGCUUACAUCAAGCGUCUGAAUGGUAUCUACGAGAAGAACCUCAACAACGACAAGGUUGAAUGGAUCUCCGGCUAUGCUUCGUUCACCGCGCCCAACGAAGUCGAGGUGAAGAUGCACGACGGCAGCGGCACCAACACUUACAGAGCCAAGAAGAUUCUGAUUGCUGUAGGAGGAGCACCAGCCAAACCCGAGGGAAUUGAAGGUGCCGAGCUCGGUAUUGACUCGGAUGGCUUCUUUGACAUUGAAAAGCAGCCAAAAAAGGUACUCAUUGUCGGUGCCGGCUACAUUGCUGUCGAGUUUGCCGGUAUAUUCAACGCGCUGGGCACAGAGACACACAUGUUUAUCCGUCACGACAAGUUCCUGCGGCCAUUUGACCCAAUGGUGCAAGACACCAUCAUGGAGACGUACGAGAAGGAUGGCAUCCACAUUCACCGCAAGACCUCUGCCACAAAGCUUGAAAAGACUGGGGAAGGUAUCAAAGUGUCGUACAAAUCUUCAGAGGGCGAAAAGUCAGACACAUUUGAUACUGUCAUCUGGGCUAUUGGACGCAAGCCAGAGACUGACCGCCUCAAUUUACGAAAUGCAGGUGUAGAAACGGCAGAGUCGAAGCACGUCAAGGCGGAUGAGUAUCAAAACACCAACGUAGAGAACAUCUAUUCGCUUGGUGAUGUUGUCGGCAAGGUGGAGCUCACACCUGUUGCCAUUGCUGCUGGCCGAAAGCUUGCUGACCGUUUGUUUGGCGGCAAGAAGGACGCUAAGCUCGACUACAACACUAUCCCGUCUGUCAUCUUUGCGCAUCCCGAGGUGGGCAACAUCGGCUUGACGGAGCCCGAAGCAGAGAAGAAGUAUGGCAAGGAGAACCUCAAGGUCUACACAUCUUCCUUCACAGCGAUGUACUAUGCGAUGCUCGAGCACAAGGCGCCUACCAAGUACAAGCUCAUCUGCCAGGGCAAGGACGAGAAGGUGGUUGGCUUGCACAUCAUUGGCACCGGCUCGAGCGAGAUCCUGCAGGGCUUCGGCGUUGCCAUCAAGAUGGGCGCAACCAAGGCCGACCUUGACAGCUGUGUGGCUAUCCACCCGACAUCUGCGGAAGAGCUGGUUACGCUGAAGUAG